AGUUUGGGAACCCCCUUUCUUAAUGAAGUACCCACUGAAUAUCAGAAAAAAGAAAGAUGUCAUUACAAUAUAGUACUAAUUAGUAUUUAAUAUUAUAUUAUACAAUAUAAUAGUCUGUUUUUUUUCCUUUUCUCUCAGACAUUUACAGGACAGUUUGGCAGACUAAACUAAAGAUUGGCCUACAACAAAACAAGCCUUUUGCCAGCUGAACCAUUUGUCAGCUGGUUGUACUUUGAUAGCUAUACAAUAUUGCGACACAGUGUGAUUAUUGCAAAAGAUAUGCCAUCUUAAAGGGUAUUUCUUUAGGAAAAUCAUCUCACAAAUCAGGUGUUUCCCUCUGUGACAUCACUGACUGCUUUGACGUGCGUACACGUCAAUUUUGUGAUGGCAUCGCCAUCUUCCGGGCAUUGUUUCACACGAAGUCAUGAUAAUUACUUACCGCUAGGUGUCAGUAAUGUUGCUCGCGUCUGAGGGAACAAAAACAAUGGGGACAUGUAGGUGGGCUAUAACAUCAACCGUUUCUCGGACAAAAUAGCUGCUAAAAUUAAGUGUACUUAGAGAUUUGCAAUACACACGUUUCGGCGCUAAGAUGAAUGUAUUUGGAUAGACAUGUUACCGCUAAUGCCUGCCAUACACCGCUUCGCUCACUGGCCAUCAUGACCAUUUAUAGAAAUGUCAACCUUUAAGCAAAGUCAGCCUUGCCUAAACUAGAAUAUAAGAAAUAAACAUCCGAGGCUCUUCCGUAUUUGCGUCGCUGGCGAUACCUGCAUAUUCAUACUCAUCAUCAUCACUGCUCAUUUACAUAUUCAGUCUACUUUCGCUUCCUCAUCGGGAGUUGAUCAACUUGAUCACUUUUUCUGUCACAAACAUGACCAACAGCGUCGAAGAUCCGUCGUCUGUCUCGCGAAAAGACGCGUUUGCUCAGUAUUUACAGUACUACGAGAAAGUUUGCGGCGAAGGCGGUGUGAAAGCGUGUCCAGAGACGCAGGUGACAGAUGAGGACAGACUCGCGCUGCUGUUUUCGGACGCGGAGCCGCGGAAGAGCCUUCACACGGGGGACUUCUAUGAGCGCCUGUUCACGUGCGCGCAGCAGCGGGACGGCCAGAGGAGAGUAAACGACUUCAGGAGAGCCCUCGAGCUGCUCGAGAUGUUCUGCGUCAACCUCUUUCUGUUCCCCUGGAAGAAAGAGAUCAAAACACUGAAGACAUUUACAGGACACUUUGUCUAUUACAUCAAGCCAGUAUUGCCUUUUGCCAGGAGUAUUCUUCACCUCAUUGGAUACACAGAAACAGACUCAGAGUAUAGACUUUCUGACAGUUUUGACCUAGACAAGGCCAGGACUAUGGGUUUUGACCUUUUUCUUGCAAGGUUGGAGUGUGAUUAUCUUCUGGAGCUUAUGAACCAGAAAUCACAUGUAGAAUGUCUGGAGAUCAUGCAAAAGAGAGCUACUCAAGAUGUUGUGGAAGAUCUUGCAGGGGUAGAAGGUGCAAAACCUGAAGCUGCAGAACCUGAAGGUGACCUUGUGGAAAACCCAGAGGAACUGCAGCCACAAGAGUCACUUAAAAGCCAUGAUCAAGAAGUGGACAAGUCUCAAGAAGAUGCAGUUUCUGAUGAAGAAAGACCACCCAAAUCAUUUGAGACUGAUGAUAAGUCUAUCUUGGAGAUGUGGAAGGCUUACCCAGACCUGGCUUUCAGACAAAAUCCCAUUUUCCGAAAGUCCCAAAGAUCUAUGCAACCGCUCAAGGCCCAGGAGUGGGCUGGAUCCAGGGGCCACAAUGCAGGCCUGUUCCACGAGACAAGUACUGAGAUGAGUGGCCCUCAGUCUAUAGCCAUACACACUGAGACCAGCCCAGGUCAUCUAAAGCCACACAAUCCAAACUCAAUUGUAGAAACCCAGCCUUUGGAUGCCAAACCCAUAGUCCUUAAAGUCGGAGCACUUCUACAAGGUGAAGUCUUAACAGAAGACGGCCUGUCUGAGCUUACCGAGCAGAUGGGGAAAAUGCAGAUGAAGGAACUUAGUGUGGAUGAACCCCUUAAAUACCCCACAGAGGAGACUGCACAGGCCCACCCAUGCAAUGGACACAAUGACAUCACAACCCCACCUACAAAAUCCCCAGAUUGCAUGAGCCCGCCUAUCUUGUGCAGCUCAUCCCAAGAGCCUGUGUGCAACAUCUCAGGUUGUGGAAGCUGCGCUAGAUCUGAUGGCACUCUUGCACAAGAGGACACCAUUAGGGAGCCUCCCCAGUCCAUCUACAUCCCUUGUGUGCCAAAAGGAUGUGCACCAGUGUUCGGAUCGCCAACUGACCAUUGUCAAACUGCCAACGAGGGCUCAAGUGCACAGAGGAGUCCAACAUCUCAGCCUGCAGAAGAUGACCUCGUCCAAACAUAUGUCAUAGUUUAGACACUUAAAAGUAUUGCAAGUUUCUCAUCCAUUCCAAAGAUUUUAAAACUAGGAUGUCAAACUCAGCUCCUGGAGGACCUAAAUCUUACAUUUUUAGUUCAAUCAAACCUGUGUCUGUCAUGAACACUUUUCAAGUUAGUCCUAAGGACGCAAUUAUCUCAGUUAGAUGUGCUUUAGGUUGAUGCUGUAAGUCCAGUGACAAUUCUUUGCUAGUCCACACUUAUGCUGUAAUGCACAUUGACUAUUACAUAAAGUCAUCUGGCAAACGUACACAUCAAGGGAAUAAUCCGUGAACACUCCCUAACUCUAAAGUGACAAAUGGGACCUCCAAUGUUCUUGUGUUCUUUUAUUGCGUUUCAGACAAAGUCAGGUGUAAAUUUCUGCAGAAAAAUGUCCCACUUCCGAACUCACUGCUUUUCAGUCAAUUUUGCAUCACGGAUGCAUUUUUGCCACAAGAUGUGAAUGUUUCAAAACAUUUCAUGUUUUUGUUCUAAUUAUGGCUAAAACAAUAAGAAAAUGCUAGCUGUACUUUAAAUACAGCUGACAAAAAAGAACAUUAUAUAUUGCACUGUAAAAGAAAUAUAAUAUAUAAAAUAGGCUUUAUUGGUUGGGUUUCUGCUCAUUUUGUAAUAUAAAUAUACUUGAAAUUGUCAUUAUUUUAGCAAUAAUUAUUAUUUGUUUCACAUAUGUUUCUCAAAUUUCACUGAAGCAGAACUAGCCAGCAUCUGUGAAGUGAGGUUGAAUGACGGGUCAUGCUGAAGUCAGGGUUCUUCAAUCUGCCAUGGGUUCACAGGUCAGGUGUCUGACAUCUAAACAUUAUUUCCAACUAGAAAAAUUCCAAAUUCUGAGUUAUCAGGAAAGGCAGCAUUAUUAAAAUAUCCACAAAAUGUGACAGUGCAAGUGCACAAAAGCCUUCACCAUUUGGGACAGGGCCAAACUCCGCAAGACUUUGACCCUAAUGGAAGUGAGUUUGACAUCUUUUUUUUUUUAAGUGUGCUGCAGUAUUGCAGUGUACGUGCUCUCAAAAAAAGUAAUGAUGUACAUAGCAUUUUCAUUGAUGGUGAGCCUUAAUGAAGCCUUUAUUUUGGAUUAGCUGUGGUAUCUUAUGAAGGUGAUGGGAAUGUCUGUGUGACCUUUGUCUUUUUAUCUAAUAGCUUUUUGAAGUGAAGGAAGGUUUCUGCUGCUAUAAUUUUCAUGAAACUUAUGGUCAAAAUGAUUGUUUGAGCUUGAUAUAUUAGGUUCUGUGCCUUACUAAAUGUAGAGCCAGCUUAAUGUGCACCUACAUGUCUUAAUGGAACAUUUGUUUUGCAGGAACGUCUACCUUAAAUAAACGUGGGUUAAAUUGUGUUCAAAAGAUGGUGCGCCAAUGUAUCGCUAUUGAUCAAGAGUAACCAGGUGUAACCAAUUUCCUAUUUAUCUUACUGUACAACUGUGGAGCACCGCAGAGAAAGAUAUUAAUGCAAACUGCAAUGUGAUAAAAUCAAUGUUUUCAUUUUAUUUAAAACAAUGCCUUGUGUUGUAUAAAUUACAAUGGUCACAGUAAUAACUUCAGUAACACAAAACUGGCCAAUAACAUCUGUUGUUAGACAUUACCUUCAAGUGGCAACAGAAAAAAAUGAACAGGAAAAUAAAACAAAGGGAUACUUCGUAAAACCUGAGUGUGAUGUUGUCAAUGUAAAUGUAGUAACUGAAGCACAUAUUAAACAUCUAUAUGAUCCAAUAUAAACAUUCUGAAUAGAAAACAUUUCCAAGUGCAGUAGUUUCAUGUAAUAUGGAAUGAUUCCAUAAAGGUAAAAAAUAAAGCUAGAUGUUUAAAUCACACCUUCAUUGAC